AUGUCUCUCAGUCAACAACGAAUUAUGAAGAUAAGUAUUAUUGCAAUUAUUUUAUUUGUUAGUGUUAAAGGACUUUAUGUUUCAAAGUCAACUAUCUUUUCAGAGAAAUCUGUUAAAAUUAUAACUUUUGGAUUUGAUGGACAAGGAAGAAUGGAACUCAGUGUUUCUUCUUUGUCCCCAUCUCCAGAUAGACUAUCAACAAUUAAUGUUGCCAUAUGUAAAAUUAAAACUGCUAAAGAAUAUCUUGAAACGUAUGAUGAUGACACUUUAUGUAGGGCAUUAAAAGAACAUUGUGAAUAUGUGUCUCCAUUUGAAUUUUAUAUGACAAUUAAUGUAACUGCACCUUCUCAAUAUGAGAUUUAUUUUUUAUUUUGUGAUAUUCCAAAUUAUAUUAAAAUGGAUUAUAAAGUACACUUAAUAAAUAAAAAAGGUAUUGAAUUAUCAUCUGAGGAUUUCUACAGACCAAUUAUUGUUCUUGUUCAAUUAUUAUUUAUUAUUUCUAAUGUUAUUGGAUUAAUUGUUAAUGUUAUUCUUCAUAGAAAAUCUUUUUCAUGUAUUCAAUUAUUCAUUUUCAUUAUAUUCUUCUUUUAUUUUUGUUCUUCUUUAAUAAACAGUGGAUUUUGGAUUACUUAUUAUAAUGGAUAUGAAAAAGAUAUUACCCAAACAAUUUCUCAUUUUUUUACAGUUUUUGUUGAUGCAACAACUAUGGCAGUCCUAAUGUUGAUAGGAAAAGGAUACAAACUUAUUUAUCUUAAAGUUCACUUUUAUGAAAUGAAGUUAUUAAUACUUGGAUUUAUUAUCUUUUGUAUAUGUGGAGUUUUAGAAUGUUUUUGGAUUAAAUGGUUUGUUCUUGGAAAUCUUAUGGUAACUUUAGGACUUUUCCUUCCUGUUGCUGUUUUCAACUUUUCAACUUCAAACAGAAUUAUUAAUAGUCAUAUAUUAAUUGCAACUUCUAUUGAAUAUAUAAAAGCAUUCAAAUUAAAGAAAUUAAUGCUUAAAUUUAACUUGGGAGUAAUUUUUUUCUAUAUUAUUGUAUAUACUGUGAAUUUUAUACUUAUUCAUUUUGUUCCAAAUGAAUAUAUUGUAAUAACAGAUGUAGUUGAAUGUUUCUUAAGAUUAAUAUUAAUGUUAUUAUUAUCAAUAUUAUUAAAAACACGUGAUUACGUUUUUAAACCAUUAGAAAUUGAUAAAAAAUCAUAUCUAGAUCGUAUCAAUAUGUCACUUAACACUGUCUUGACUGCUCGAAAAUUAUUAAAAGAAUUUUCUUAUAUAACGAAACCUUCUCCAGUUCUUGCUUCAUUAAUUUUGGUUGGAACUUUUUCAUCUCCAAUUAACUUAAACUCAUUUCCACAAGUACAUUUAAGAUAUUGUACUUGGAAAUCAAUUGUAUGA